GGAAAACUGACCAAGAACCAAGUUUUGGUCUUAGCAAUAUGCUUAGAAAUUUGGCUAGACAAUCUCUUACUCUCGGUCGUCCUCUUCUAACCAGAUCUCUCAACAUCCCCAGCCGUAUCAGUUACCGCCCUAAGUUUGUAUCCAACAUGAGCACCAAAACCAUCAUCAACAGCCCUAAGCUUUCUAGUGCUGGUCCUUACAACCAAGCCAUCAAGGCCAACGGAACCAUCUAUUGCUCUGGUCAAAUCCCUGUCAAGGAUGGCAAGGUUGUCGAAGGCUGUGUUGGUACUCAAACCCGUCAAUGCCUUUUGAACUUGCAAGACGUCUUACAAGAAGCUGGUUCUGGCUUAGAUAAGAUUGUCAAGAUCAACAUUUUUUUGUCUGAUAUGAAUGAUUUUGCUACCGUCAACAAGGCUUACUCUGAAACACUUCCUGACCCUAAACCCGCUCGUUCUUGCGUAGCUGUCAAGACUCUUCCUCUUGAAGCCCAAGGUGUUAAAAUCGAGAUUGAGUGCAUUGCUGUUGAGUAAGCUUGCUUUGCUGGAUUUAGCAACGAGUGUUAUAACCAUUCGCCAAUCCUGAUGAGUAUUGUUUCUAUGCCUGAUAAAUGUUUUUAACUGGUAGCCUUUUGAAUAUAUGCUUUUGGCUUUCCUUCAAGAACAAUGCAAAAUUUGCUCUAUUUUUUAUUUGAAAGCUUGUCGCCUGUAGCUGUAAACUCAUUUUAAAUUUAUUACAAUAGAG